AUGAGGAGGAAGAAAAGCAGCAGGAGCAUCUUUGGGGAUCUCUAUGAUCUCAUUGAGAGGCGGCGGCGAGAGGUGGGACCUCGGCUCAUCCAGCUGGACAGCCUGACCAGGAGGAGUCGAACAUUAACUCUGCUCUUCCAGGGCACCCUGCAGACUCGGCUGCUGGCAACAGCGAGGGAGUGCGGCCGCCGCUGGGAUGACGUGAACGCCAAACUGGAGUCCAUCACAGGUCGACUGCAGCUCCUUGUCUCAGAGUGGGAGGGAUUUGAAGCACAAAGGGAGGAGCUUGUCGUUUGGUUGGCUGAUAUGGAUGUCCACCUGAGUGAGGUUGACCAGCUGACAGGAAACACCUGUGAAAAACUGAAACAACUGCAGGUGUGGGCUUGUUUUGAUAUGACAUAUAUUUGAUAUGAUACAUACGUCAGAGACAUUGUCCUA